AUGCACUGCUCCACGCUGUGUCGGGCCGCAGGGAGGGCAAGCACUGUGAAAGUGCGUGCGGGCCCCGAAAGCAAGCAGGCCAGCGUGAACAAAACCGUGACAAGCAGCGGCGGCGACGGUCGCGAUGCAGAUGAGCGGAUCCGGGAGUUUCUGCCCAAAUUGCUGGACGAGCAGGAGAGUGCCGCCAACAGCGGCACCGAGCUGAACAAGCUUGCGCAGUGGGCCGAAGAGCUGAACCGCAAGGCACAGCAGGCGUUUGCCGACCUGCAGCGCUCGGUGUCCUUCCUGGGCGGUGACAACUCCAGGGGCGCCGAGAACGGGGCCUCUGGCCGCAUCCAGGACACCAUCAGCAGGCUGGAGGGCGUCAGCGCGGCCAUCGCCGACAGCAACAACCGUUUCGAUGCGGAGUUCCCCGGCGCCGCUGGGGCCGACGCUGACGUCAGCGCGGACGGCGCGGAGAAGGUGAAGAGCCGCGAGGCGUACUUGAACGGCCUGGCGGACGACAUCGAGUCGGCCGAGGCGCGGCUCCGGGAGGAGGCGGCUGCGGCGGGCGGCGCGGCCAACGGCGCCUUUGCGGUGGCUUCGGCGCCGAGCUCGAGGCCGGGCAGCGCGGCCGGCGCGGCGGCGGGCGCGGUCAAGGUGGAGCUGGCUGUGCACCGCGAGACAGCCCCGGGGCAGGACGUGUGGGUGGUGGGCUCUGGCCCCGCCCUGGGGGACUGGGACCUGGGCAAGGCCGUGGCGCUGAAGUGGACGGAGGGCCACGUGUGGCGUGCGACCAUCGAGGUUGACCCGGCUGUGGUUUCGCGCAUUGAGUACAAGGCUGUGCUCAAGACCGCCGGUGGCUCAAUCAUUUGGGAGAGCGGCGACAACAGGACCGCUGACGUGGCGGCCGGCAGCGACCUUGUGACUGUCGCGCACGAGUUCUGA